CGCCUCCUCCUCUGACCUCUCCCAUUCGGUCUCCCCUGCCCAACUGACUCCUCUCCCGCACCGCAGAAGAAAGCCCCAACCGCUAGGGUUUCGCGGAGCGGCCGCCGGCGGCCGGGGAUCCCGCCGGCUUCAUUUCCGUCCGCGCGGAUCUGAACUCGCUCCUGCCUCCUACCUUCCGACGGGAGCCGCCUCCUCGACAGUGCCGCGGCUCCCCCUCCCGCGCUUGCGCCAGCUCGUCCCCGCCCGGCGACGCCGCGCCUCGGAGGCUCGGACCUCCUGGGCUCUGUGGCCUCGACCCGUCGCCGUGGCACCUCGUCCCACCAAGCUCCUACGUUCCCCUGGUGCCCGGCGCCGCUCCAUCCCCAGCAGAACCUGGACGCCCCCCUGCUCAAGGCAAGCUUGUGUUGUCUGCAUGGAGUGACGAACAAAUGAUUAUAUGUGGUAACAAAAAUAACCAUGGGCAGUCAAGAUUUCUGCAAACCGCACUCCACAUUUUGUUCUUAGAGAACUACUGCAGUGGUUACUGAUAUACUGUGCGCUAGCCACUCCAUAAUUUAAAUUUCUGGCACAGGACCAACUUCUCUUGUUGCAUGGAGUGCAACAAAGAUGAAGCUGCGAGAGCAAAAGCUCUGGCAGAAAGAAAAAUGCUGGAAAAGGAUUUUGUUGCCGCAAAAAGGUUUAUUAGCAAGGCGCAGAAACUUUGCAAAGAAGUUGAUGACAUUGACAUUUCAAAAAUGUUAAGUGUCUGUGAUGUUCACUGUGCUGCUGCAGCAAAGGUAAAUGCUGAGAUUGACUGGUAUGGAAUACUGCAAGUACCUGUAGAUGCUGAUGAUGCCCUGAUAAAGAAACAAUAUCGUAAACUUGCCCUUUUGCUACAUCCUGACAAGAACAAGUUUGGAGGUGCAGAGGCAGCUUUCAAAUUAGUUGGAGAAGCAAACAUAACUCUAACAGACAAGUCAAAGCGUAUGGUGUAUGACAUGAAAAGAAGCACCUUCAGAGGCGGUCCAGCAAGACCCCCUCAUAUAAGAACUGCAGCUGCUAGACCUAGUUCUACUCCUGUGAAUCUCUAUAAUAUGCAUCAGCAGCAGCAGCAGCAGGCCUCAAAUCCUGCAGGGACACAAACAACAUUUUGGACUCUCUGUCCAUCUUGUGGCAUGAGAUAUCAGUACUACCGUUCAAUCUUGAAGAAGGCUUUGCGCUGUCAGAAUUGUUUGAAGCCAUUUGUUGCGCAUGAUUUGAAGGAGCAAGCUAUUCCUUCCGGGGCAAAUCAGCGAUCUGCUGGGGUUUGGAAAAAUGCAGGUGCACCACAGAACUUUCCAGGUCCUCAAACAAAUGUCACUGGUCAGAAAGCUUGGUCAACCACUUCAGGAGUUCAUGCCAAUGUCAGUCCUCAUCAUGCUGGUGUAAAUAUAAGGAGGGAAACUGAUGGGAACACAGGUGGGCUAAAAAACAAAAUGAAAUCUGACCGGGCCACCAGAAAUCAUUCAAAAGCUAAAUCAUCUGCAGGAUUGAAAAGGGGCAGGAGAGCUGUGAUUGAAUCAAGUGAAUCAAGCAUGUCAGAAACUAGUAGUGACAGCGAGGAAGAGAUUCUUGAAAAUGGUCCUGCUGCAAAUAGUGCAGGGCCAGGUCAACAAACCCGCAGAUCAAGCAGGCAGAAGCAAGAAGUUAAGUAUAAUGAAGAUAGCGACAACGAAGAUGUUGAAGAUGACGAUAACAAGGACGUUGAUGAUUUUGUGAAUUCUCCUGUAUUAAAGAGGUUGAGGAAAAGUGUGUUCCAUGGUGAUCACAGCAAUACAGCAGCAAAGCCGAACACAGACAUAGCUGACCAUAAUGGUCCGACAAAUGGUGUUAAUGACUGCAGGAACACAGAAGAUAAAGGGAAAGGAGGUGAGUCAUGUGGAGAUAAAACAUCCAAUGGAAUUGAGCAAAUGAAGAGAGGAACAAUGCAUGCUGGAAAAAAUAAUGAUGGAAAAGAAAAGGCAUUUGAUUCUGUCAGCAACAAUGGUCCAGUUCUAAAUGAUCGAAAAGAAAAGGCAUUUGAUUCUGUCAGCGACAAUGGUCCAGUUCUAAAUGAUGAUGAUGCUCCAGGUGAUAAUCAAUACUACACAUUUAUGGAUCCUGAAUUUUUUGAUUUUGACCAACUUCGAGGUGUAAAUCAAUUUAGAGCCAACCAGAUCUGGGCUGUCUAUGAUGAUCAAGACUGUAUGCCUAGAUUUUAUGCUCGAAUCACGAAGGUAAAAACUACCCCAAAGUUUAUGCUGCAUUUUGUUUGGCUGGAGCUUGAUCCCACAAAUAAAGCGGAGAGGGCAUGGUCUUACGGAGGUCUGCCUGUUGCCUGUGGACGCUUUAUGCAUGGACAGUCAGAGACAGCCAAAGAAACUGCUAUGUUCUCCAGAACUAUAUCCUUUGAGAAAAGCAAGACAAGAAACUCCUAUGAAAUAUAUCCAAAGAAAGGUGAAGUUUGGGCUCUUUUUAAGGGAUGGGAUAUUGGUUGGAGCUCAGAUGCUGACAAUCACAAAAAAUUCAACUAUCGGUAUGAAGUGGUUCAAGUUCUCUCUGAUCUCACCACAAGCACUAGCAUUAUUGUCAUGCCGCUUGUGAAGAUAAAAGGUUAUGUUAGCUUAUUCAUGCAGUCUAGAGAGGCAGCUCCAUACGUGAUAUCUCAGGGUGAGACACUGAGGUUUUCUCAUUGUGUCCCGCAUCAUUUGAUGAGAGGAACUGAAAAAGAAGGCGUUCCAGAAGGAUCUCUUGAACUUGAUCCUGCAGCUCUUCCCCUUAACUUGGAAGAGGCUUUUCCAUCUGUUGUCCCAGAAUGCAGUUCUGUAAGAAGUCAGGGACGUGAUGCCAAACAUGCAGGUUCGGCCAGUAGGAAUAGCUCCCACAGAGGAUCUAGGAAGGUGAGUGAUGGGCAACAUACAGCAUCCAUGAAUGUAGGGAUCGCUACAAAGACACCAAAGGAAGAGAAUAGCAAGCAUAACACUGGUACUGCUGAACUUACAGAUGUCGAUGAUGAUAAUGUCCAAACAGAGUAUGUCUGUGCUGAAUCAGAAUUCUAUUAUUUUUCAGAAAUAAGAUUGCUUCAAAAGUUUUCACCUGGGCAGAUCUGGGCUCUCUAUAGUGAUGUAGAUAAAUUCCCCAAUUACUAUGCUUACAUACAGAAAGUUGAUCUCAAGAAUGAUAAAGUGCAAGUUAGAUGGCUUGAUGUUUGUCCUCGAGGAGAAGAGGAGAAAAGAUUGCUUCAAGAAGAACGGACAGUUGGGUGUGGAACCUUUAGGCUUUCAAGCAUUCACGAGUUGAUGACUUACACUGGUACAGAUGCCUUUUCUCAUCCUGUAGAGGCAAGAUCUGCUGGCAGAAAAGGCGAGUAUGAAAUAAUUCCUCAUCUGGGUGAGAUAUGGGCUGUUUACAAGAAUUGGAGGGCAGGAUGGACUGCACACGAUUUUGAAAACUGUGAAUAUGAACUGGUGGAGAUAUUUGGCCAAACUGAUUCGUCCAUACAGGUUCAGCUUUUGAGGAAAGUGGAUGGUUAUAGGACGGUAUUUAUGCCAUACAGAGCAGAGGGAUCUGUGAAGACAAUAAGAAAGGAUGAGUACCCCAAAUUUUCUCACCAGAUUCCUUGCUUUCAUCUGACACAUGAAAAAGGUGGCAAGCUUCGAGGCUAUCUGGAGCUCGAUCCAUUGUCGGUACCAGAGGAAUUCCUCUUUACUUGAUUCAAUGUGAGAAGCCUUAUCUGCAGUGAAUCUGGAGCUUUCUUGUGAUGAAUUUUCCGGAACUAAGGUUCUGCGAAUGUUGGAUGGUUCCACAAUUCUGCAUUUUUCUUUUGAGUGACAGACAUAAGGUGUCUGGAUUUCAGCAUCUGUAGCACUAACGUUAUGGUGGACUAGAUUUGGGCCGUACCAAUCUGCACAACGAAGGCAUUAAAUUGGACUCUCUUGCUAGAUGGCUAUCCGGCAGCAGGCUGCAGUUCAAAAGAUGAGUAAUUUUGUUGCAGCUGCUAUUUGUAGUUAGCAUUAGUUGUAUCUAGUGUUUUAGUUCUGAUGUAAAAACUGCAGCUCUUCCUUUUUUUUCCUCGUAGUGUAAUCUAAAUGGUAGUACUGUAUUUGAACUGUGGGAGGCCAACCUGAUGAAUUAUCAGAAGAGGCCUGUUGCCUCCCUUUCCUGAAACUGAAACAUGAAAUCCAACAAGUCAGGUUUGGCUGAUCUAUUAGUGAUGGUUAUGCUGGUGUUGCUGUGAAGGGGAUGGACAGGACACCCUCCUGCGGGCUGCGGCUCGUCUUAUAACUUCAUUUCUAUUCGAAUCUCCCUCUGUAUAAAAGUUGCACUUGCGUCCUGAUUUUGAUAGCCUCCUUUUUUC